GAACCUUUUUUGUUGUAAAGUAAAAGCAGUAUUUUCGUUUCAACAGUAUUUCGUACGAAAGUGACCGCAAAAAUGGACCACCCCGGGACAUCCGGCAGCCUGCAGGUCGAAAACGCCCACCGAUCCUCCCUGUACGUCACCGGCCUCCGGUCGGAAACGGACGAGAUGGAACUGUUCGAAAAGUUCACCACCGUCGGCCCGGUCGACUCGAUCCGGAUGGUCCGCGAGAUGAUCACGUUCCGGCCGCUCGGUUCCGCUUACGUUAACUUCCAGCGCGCGCAGGACGCGGCACGCGCCUUUCAAACCCUAAACGGCGAUCUGAUCCAGCACCACCCAAUUCAAAUAACGUGGCCCGAAGUGGACACCGUCACCCCACACGUGCCCGCCGGCAUCCUGGUGAAGAACCUGGACGAAACCAUGGACAACCAGGCCGUUUGCGACAUGUUCUCGUCGGUGGGCAACGUGCUCAGCUGCAAGGUCGCCCUCGACAUGCAGGGCUGCUCCAAAGGGUACGCGUUUGUGUACUUUUACGCCACCAGUUCCGCCCACAGCGCGAUUGACCGCGUCAACGGGUUGGCCGUGAACGGUUCCAGCCUCGCCGUCAGCCCCCUGUUCACGAAGCUUCACGUGCGGAACUUUGGCGAUCGGCUGACGCAAGCGACUCUGCAGGAGCUGUUCGCUCCGUACGGCAGCAUCAAGGCGCACGGCGUCAAAAGUCGCGGCUGCGGCUUCGUCAUCUACGACAGCCCGGAAGCGGCUGGCCACGCGAUGGAAGCGCUCAACGGGAAGGCGCUCAGCGAUGGCAAGGCGUUGCGCGUGGUUCCGGUGGUACAGCGAGACCUCCAACCCGCGCCACGACUCGCCGAAGGCGAAGCUGUUCAAGUGUUUGUCAGAAAUCUGGACGCGUCGAUCGAUAACCGCCACCUGGGGGAGCUGUUCGCUCCGUACGGUGACAUUCAGCGAGGGUUCAUUGUCAAGGAGCAGGGCAAAUCGAAGGGGUUCGGAUUUGUUACGUACGCGUCCGGUGAGCAGGCUGCGCGAGCCAUCGUCGCGAUGAACGAUCGAGAAGUGGCUGGCAGGCGGAUUUAUGUGGUGCUGGCUCGUGGCAAGGAGAAGCCGAAGCCGGUAUCUUUGAAGAAUGCAGGCCACGAACCCACCAACACCACCACCACGGACGACACCUCUCUUCUCCUGAAAACCAUCACCGAUCCGGACGAGCUCAAGUCGUUGCUAGCCCACCAACUUUACCCGCUGGUCAAGGCGUGCGUGAACGCGCAAACCGCCGGCCGCAUCACCUUCCAGAUGGUGCGCCAGCACAGCGCCUCCGAUCUGGUGGCUUUACUGAAGGACCCCAAACGACUGCAGACCGUUGCCAAAUCCGUUGCCAUCGAGGGCUUCGAAUCGAUGAGCGGCCUUCGGCUGCAGCUGCUGUUGCUGUCCAACCCGGCCAACUCGGCCGCAGCUUGAGAGGGCAGUUCGAAGCGUUUUGGACGAGGAAAAACAGUCGGGGAGGUCGCUUAAAUAAUGUUACUUGUUGUUUUUAUUUAUUGAUGAUUACACCUGACGAAAAUUUGCGGCCAA